UCCCGCCCCGUCGGAGCUCCCUCCCCGUCCCCGCGGCCGCGCGCUCCCGGGCCCCGCGCCGCAGCCUCCCCGCCGCCGCCGCCGCCGCCCUCGCCGCCGCGGAAACAGACACCUGGAGCCAUUGAAAGUUUCUGAAAGGAAUGUGACACAGGUGACACAGGCAGCUGAGCCUCUGGGAAGUACAGUCCCCAAAACGGAAUCAUUCCUUUACCAAGCCGGGAAACUCCCCUUCCAGCACCUGUCCUUCCUAAAGCAGCCUCGCAGGACCAGCCAGACUGGCACAGCAAGGCCGCUUGGAGCUGCCAGGUGGACAGGAUGGAGCCUGGCACCAGGGGCCACGAUGCACCUGAAGAAGUACCUGCUGAAGGGCCUGCACCGGCUGCAGAAGGGCCCGGGCUACUCGUACAAGGAGCUGCUGGUGUGGUACUGUAACAACACCAACACCCACGGCCCCAAGCGCAUCAUCUGCGAGGGGCCCAAGAAGAAGGCCAUGUGGUUCCUGAUCACGCUGCUCUUUACCUCCCUGGUCUGCUGGCAGUGGGGCGUCUUCAUCAGGACCUACCUGAGCUGGGAGGUCAGCGUGUCCCUCUCCCUCGGCUUCAAGACCAUGGACUUCCCCGCAGUCACCAUCUGCAACGCCAGCCCCUUCCAGUAUUCCAAAGUCAAGCAUUUGCUGAGGGAUCUGGAUGAACUCAUGGAAGCUGUCCUGGAGAGGAUCCUGGCUCCCGAGCACAGCGAUGCCAAUGCCACUAGGACCCUGAACGUCACCAUGUGGAACUACAUGCCGCUGGUUCUUAUCAACGAACAGAACCCCCACCGCCCGGUGGUCCUUGACCUCUUUGGGGACAUCCACAAUGGCUCAGCGAGCAGCAGCCCAGCCCCAGCAAGGUCCUGCACUGCGCACGGGUGCAAAGUGGCCAUGAGACUAUGCAGCCUCAAUGGGACUGUGUGCACCUUCCGGAACUUCACCAGCGCCACCCAGGCCGUGACAGAGUGGUACCUCCUGCAGGCCACCAACAUCUUCUCGCAGGUGCCACAGCACGAGCUGGUGGAGAUGAGCUACCCCGCCGAGCGGCUGAUCCUGGCCUGCCUGUUCGGGGCCGAGCCCUGCAGCUACAGGAACUUCACGUCCAUCUUCCACCCUGAUUAUGGCAACUGUUACAUCUUCAACUGGGGCAUGACGGAAAAGGCGCUCCCUUCGGCCAACCCCGGAGCUGAGUUCGGCCUGAAGCUGAUCCUGGACAUAGGCCAGGAAGACUAUGUGCCCUUCCUCACGUCCACGGCCGGUGCCCGGCUGAUGCUCCAUGAGCAGAGAUCGUACCCCUUCAUCAAAGAUGAGGGCAUCUAUGCCAUGUCAGGGACAGAGACAUCCAUCGGAGUGCUGGUGGACAGGCUGGAGCGCAAGGGGGAGCCCUACAGCCAGUGCACCAUGAACGGCUCCGACGUCCCUGUGCGAAACCUCUACAGUGACUACAACACGACCUACUCGAUCCAGGCCUGUAUUCGCUCCUGCUUCCAAGACCACAUGAUCCAGAACUGCAGCUGUGCCCACUACCUAUACCCGCUGCCCCGUGGGGAGAGAUACUGCAACAACCGGGAGUUUCCAGACUGGGCCUAUUGUUACUCACACCUGCGCAUGAGCGUGGCCCAGAGGGAGACGUGCAUCAACAUGUGCAAGGAGUCCUGCAAUGACACCCAGUACAAGAUGACCAUCUCCAUGGCCGACUGGCCUUCUGAGGCCUCUGAGGAUUGGAUUUUCCACGUCCUGUCUCAGGAGCGGGACCAAAGCACCAAUAUCACCUUGAGCAGGAAGGGAGUUGUCAAGCUCAACAUCUACUUCCAAGAAUUCAACUAUCGCACCAUUGAGGAGUCGGCAGCCAAUAAUAUCGUUUGGUUGCUCUCAAACCUGGGUGGCCAGUUUGGCUUCUGGAUGGGAGGCUCAGUGCUGUGCCUCAUUGAAUUUGGAGAGAUUCUCAUCGACUUUGUGUGGAUCACCAUCAUCAAGCUGGUGGCCUUCACCAAGAGUCUGCGGCAGAAGCGAGCCCAGGCUCGCUAUGCUGGCCCGCCGCCCACCGUGGCUGAGCUGGUGGAGGCUCACACCAACUUUGGCUUCCAGCCUGAUGUGGCCAGGCCUGGCCCCGAUCCUGGGACCUACCCUGAUGAGCAGACCCUGCCCAUCCCAGGCACCCCACCCCCCAACUAUGACUCCCUCCGUCUGCAGCCACUGGAUGUCAUCGAGUCUGACAGUGAGGGCGAUGCCAUCUAGACCCAGGGAGCUCAGAACUCAGACCCGAGAAGCUGAGAUCAUUGCCCGAAGGCUUCCCUUCGGGGUGCUCUCCAAACAGCCAGGAUCUGAGGCCAGAGUCUUGUUUCCCUCUGCAGAGAGACCAGCAGCUCCUGGCCAGUCCCAGGUAGAGGGCUCUGUAGGGUCAUGGUGCUGGUAUAGAUGUGGGAAGUGCAUACUCCUUUGGUUUCCUGCCCACACCUCCAACCUGACCCAAUCCUUGGCCGGGAUGUCCGCAGCCAGGCUCCAGAGACCCUAGAAUACCCUCACCUGCAGGCUGGCUAGUUUCUUCCCAGUGCCACCACCAUCUGCUCCAGGGACAAACAGGCAGACAUGCUGUGCUGCCUGUCCCCAGAAUCUUUUCUGUCCUGGCCUUGGCUGACCUCUGCAAAUGGGUUUGGUAAGGGCAGUAAUUGUGGAAAGCAGAAAGAGCAUGAGGCCCAGGGGUGGGGUGGGGGAGGGGGGCUGCUGCCAGGUGGCAU